ACCCGUCUCUCGCAUCCGAAUCUUCACAUAACCCCAGUGAAAGGUCCUCAAUCACAAAGCAGCAUUGAAUCUCAGGACUCGAUCAUAACAGAGGGUACAAGAUCAACCCCGCCCUGUCCAAGCUACUCGCCUAGUCAGCGAAGUCGCUACUCCCAACCUAACCUGCCAACACUUCUGGUCUCAUACAACGAGUCCAGAAAGACUUCAGGAUCACCGGAUCGUAGGAUACGCAUGUCGCAGCCGACCCUGAACUCUAGUUUUUCAGGAAUAAACUUCGUCGGCAUGAAUAAAGGUCGAUUCUCUUACUCCAGUCUGCGAGCUUCUGGAGACAACAGCAUUAACUUCCAAAUCGAAGAGGAAAGACUCUCUGCACCCAACGUUCAGCUGUCUGGAUCCUCGGAUCAUAAAUCAAGGCAUUCACAGCCUGACGUUACGCGAUUCCUUCGUCACGAUAUACCAAGUAGAAGAGAACGUCUCUCCCAGCCCACCCUGGUUACUGGAGAUUAUUAUCCCGGCAGAGUACAGCAGAGAUUAUCGCAGCCUUGCUUGAGCACUGGAAAGGAACUUCCGGUGAUUCAUUCUCCGUUGAAGCCAAAGAGAUUCGUUUCGCCAGUUGCCGUGAAAGCUACACAGAGAGAUCGAUUGUCGCAAUUAGAUUUCGGUGCAAGAUACCGAAAUCUUCGCGACUUCCCAUCAACGGUAACAAAAUUCAACAGAGACCGUUUCUCAAUACCGGAACUUGAGACAUCAAAUGAUCUCAGACUAAUGGCAGGAACUCCAAAGCAGAGGUUCAGCUUAGAUAGUUCCUUAAAUGAACCCGGAAGAUCCAGGUUACUGCCAAUAGCGAGUUCUCCAAUUUCGGAGACUCAUCCAAAGACAGACCCUCCGGACUCUUCCGGAAGCAAGGCCAAAAAACCUGCAGAGGGUCUAGAAAGCGUUUUGAUAACAAGUACGAGCCCAAUCUUAUCAAAACCAGGCACCGUAUUUCCACCACCUGUGGUAAAAGUGGCACCACCUAGAGAGAGAUUAUCCGUACCGGAAAUACGCAACUCAAGUCUAAGACGUCUUCUCGAUUCACCGGUAAAGCAGAGGCACAGUAUAACCGGAAAUCUCAGACAGUGCUUAUUACCAAUCACUAAGAAUCAAGAAACGACUCGGACCAAGAUCUCACCAAAGGCGCUUAUUGAGGAAAUUAAUGAAAAAAUAUCCUGGAAAGAUUCACCCAAACAAACAGCUGUAAUAGAACUACCUGUAAAGGAAGAACCAAAACACAUUCAACGUCACUAUUCCUAUACGUAUGAUACCAAAGAGGAGAACUCUUUGUUAAGUAAAUUAAGUGUAGCUCCAAAGAAGAAAUACCUGGAGAGUAAUUUUGACAAAAACGAACAGGUUAUUACCACAGUGAUAGAAACGGAAAUACCAAUGAUCCUCAGUAGCCCUAAGUACACGAAGAAGACACACGCCUAUUCCUCCGAAGCGCCGCGUUGGAUGAGGAAGUAUCUAGAGAACGAAAGUCCUCAGGUGGCAAGAAAAAAUGUAAACAAGGAAAAAUCAAACAUUAAAAACAAUUGGAUCAAUUCAAAUCGCGAGUCCUUGGAUUCGAUAGGCUCUGAGAAGACGCAAUCGGAAAAGACUCUUACUGAAAAGACACAGUCUAGAUCCAACGACAAUGGUGAGAAUAGUCCAUUGUUAAGGAGUACUGAUAUACAGGCUGAUCCAAAAGACAACAUGAAAAAUACUUAUGUCAGAAUCAGAACAUCCAACGAUGGCCAAGAGGAUAAAUAUAAAGUAUCCAUUGAUUCUAGCUGGACAGAAGCUGAUAUCUGCAGGUUAUAUGGUCUCGAAUGUGAUACAGAUACUGACGAGUCUACUUCUAUUUAAUACAUUUAUUUAAUUACGUUAUUUUAAUAUUUUUCAAUGAACUGGACAACGUUCAUCAUUAAUUAAUAAUCAAUCUUUACAGUAUUACUAUGAAAACCAUUGAAAGACCAAGUAACACAAUUAUCAAACAAGUCGAAAUCUAAGAUUUAUUAAUAUAUUGUUCAUAUACUAUACAUUUAUUCAUUCCAGUACAGUAUAAGGUCUUUUAUUAAUUCUCUAUUUUAUUAUUAAUGAAAAAUCUCUAAAGAGACUUAUGAACAAUAUUAUGACCAAAGAUAAGAUAUGAAGAUAUAAGACAGGCCUAGACGAAAUGCUGAAAAACUUUUAAAAGAAGAAGGAGGAACAAAAUAUCAAUGUCUAUAGCGCAGCCAAAAUUAUAUGUGCAUUUUAAUCAAGAAGUCAAGAGAAACGUGACAGGACCUUCCACAAAGGAGUAAAGCAAUCACGUUACUGAAUUAACUCAAUAAGCAUUGAAACAUUUAAAGUUUGAAGGUACAUAAACAUAACGUAUCCUAAUGAAGAUUCCAUGUUUCAAGGAAUAUAACAAUGGAAAUUGUCAUGGAAAGCUGUUCUUCGUGAAGAAACUCGGGUACUGCACUUCCUUUAUUUAAAUUAUAUUAAGAACGCAUCUUGCAUCGCGCUUACUACAAUAUUUAUUGUCUCCUAAGCUCCUAAUAACACUAGUCAUUAACGCGUCGCACACGUCAGAAUGAAUAACGGUACGAGAGAAGAUAAUGAAAUGGAUGUUGAAGGAAGAAGAGAAAGAAGAAAUUGGAAAAAAUAGUGAAAACAAAACCGAAAGUAAAAAUCUCUCGACUGAAUAUUAGGAAUAAUAUUUUAUUUAGGUUAGGUUUAUUCUCUAUUAUUUGUGUCUUUUGUAGUUAAUCCCACUGUCAAAAUUAUAAUCGUCCUGUGUUUAAAACGUUCGACGCGUCUAUAAUAUGAUCGAUGUAAUUACAACUAGCCUAGAAGGUGUAUAAAAUCAUAUUGAUUUCUA